CACCGGUUCCGAUAUUGUUCCGUCUGUGUAUUGGCCAUCGCCCGAUCUCUGAUAUUAUGGGAACUUGUUACCAACAAUUUAUAUUGCCAAUUCAUUACUACACGUAUUACGGCUUGUCUGUUUGUUUAUCAUGGGGUCCCUGUUCCUCAUAUCAAACUUAGAGUGUACUUACACAGUAAUCUAGUACACAUUUAAUAUAUCUAUAGAACUCGUUACAAGUCUACAUGGAGGUCGAUAUAAGAUGGAGACCGGAUUACAGAGCUAGUUAACACGUGAAGGAAGGUGGACAUGUGAACUGCGAGGGAGUCAAUAAAUGAUAUAUCUAACUGUAACAUGUGAUUAUUAUAGGCAGAACCUCAGACUUCGUCAUGUGAGAGCGGAGAUGGCUGCGCCACCCUCGGCGGCAUCCCAAGCCUGGACAGAGGAAACUCAGGUUAAGGAGGAGGAAAAGAAACCGAUAGUUCGCAUCAUAGAAAAGGCCACUGGGCAGCGAGUGAAGGAUUUAACCAAGCCGCCAAAGAACAGUGUACCCUACACCAGCACCGCAGCCAGGUCUAAAAAGGUGAUCAAAAUGCAGAACAGGUAUGCCAGGGCUAGGCCCGUACCUAAAGGGGCUAAGGUCCCGGGGCAGGAACAGGAAUCGUCCCAGGUGCCCUUUUUUCUACCGUCGGAGAAACCAGCAGCUUCAUUUUUGGCAACACUGGAUACUAACAACAGAAAAACAAUUUCCGACUAUAGCCGUACGCUAGAAAGAAAUGCUGAAAGAAAACCGAAUCUGCGUCGUCAACACGCUUUUAUUAAAGUGAGAAGUAAACCGACAGACGUUCUCAAAGAAAACGAAUUAUUUGAAACGGAAAAUCCAAGGCAAAAGACUACGGCUCAGAUAGGUUCAAAUGUCAUCGGCAAUACGUUACCAGUGUACGACGCGUUCAACGAGGAUUUCGAGGAUGAUUUACGAAAUAAUAACUAUAACCCUAGUGAUUUAUUGACGAAACGAAAUGUGCUGCUUAAGAAAUCGCAGUCUAUGAUGGCUUUGGAGAAGCCAUCGAUGAAACGUUCAGUGUCGAGUGGAACUUCAUUCAGGGAAUCUCCGCUCACACCAAAACUAGAACGAUCAGGGUCUGUGUUUAAUACGUUGUUUACUUUUAACUCUGCUAGUGCCCCGAGGCGAAGACGGGAACCCGUCACAGAAGUUCAGUCCGCGCGAUCACCAGAGAAAUUUCCUGUCUAUGACAAAAAGGAAGUUGAACAAAGUUUAGAUGAGAUCGAUUUACUUUUACCAGGGGUAUGCAUUUCUUCGCCGAGACGACCGUCCACAGUGCGACCUUCCACCAACAUGAAGCCGACUCGGAGCCCCACCUACUGUAGCUGUUGUAGUUUGUGUGACACUCCUAAAUCUCACUUAGAAAGUCCAACCCCUUUUCAGUUGGAACAUCCUGAUUUAUUUCCACAAACACGCCCUAGACGGUCCCAUCACUGCAGCUAUUGUCAAGCAGACGACGGCAAGAAGCUAGUGCAAUAUGCUCAUGGUGACGUCAUUAAAACGUUUGACUGGUUGAGUAAAAAUGCUAAAGAAACGCCUCUAUAAAACUCAGAUCGAGGACGUAUACGUGUGUGUUACAGUUACAAUUUAUGUGCAAACGAUUUGGAUUUAGACAUUCUCCUUAACCACAAAUAAACCAAAUCACGGUGACGUCAUGAUUAUUGUGUCCUGUAAUCACGUCAUCAGGUCA